AUGUCGCCGGACGAGCUCCAUCGCACAAUGACCGAGAUUGACACCGACAGAGACGGCUUCAUUGAUUUGAAAGAGUUCAUCGACUUUCACCGUGAGGAUUGGAUUCACCGCGAUGCUUUUGACAUGUAUGAUAAGGAUAAGAACGAUUUCAUCUUUGUUGUUGAGUUGCACACUGUGUUGAAGAGCUUUGGCGAGGGCUGCUCGUUGAAUGAUUGUCGGAAGAUGAUCAGUUCUGUCGACGGUGACGGUAGCAUUAAUUUUAAUGAAUUUAAGAAGUUGAUGAACAG